ACCAAUUCCUCGGCGAGUGGCUCUUCAAUCGAAACAGGUCCGAGAGUAUGAGUCCCCUGACUCAACAUUUGGGCAUCCCUUGGGUAGUGCGGCAGGCUGUCGAGAAAUUUACGCCCCAGUUGAGAUAUUCCUACGAUGAAGAGAAGAAUGAACUGAGCGUGGCCACGACUCUUACAGCUGGGCUAACAAAGACCAUCCGCCUGAAUCUUUGUGGUUUGGGGGUGGAGCAAAACGAUGAAGACGCUGGAGGAGCGUGGAAGUCGUCGACGCGGAUUGAAGGAACUGUUCUGAAAACAGUCCAGAGGAACGAUAGUUUGGAUGCAACUCUGUACGAAACGCGUCGUAUCAUCAACGACAGUGGCGAUCCGAAUGACCAUUCGAAAGACCAGCUGUGGUACACUGCUCAGCUACACAAGGACAACCUGCCUCAGGACAUCAUCGUCAAUCGAUAUUUUGAUCGCGUCAGUGGUCCCCCACCCCUAGACGAGACACACCUGUGCUCGUUGGCAGAAGAGAGAGGCGGAUGCGAGUCAGAGCAGACCGGCGACAGCGGAGAAAAGCAGGGUAUCUCCACAGAAGAAAGCUCUACGAGGGGGUGUGGAACACCUGGGCACGGAGACGGUCGCGUGGAGGGACACGACGAGGGAAACAAAUUCAAGCAAAUGGGUGAAAAGGCGGUUUCAGCGGUCAAGAACCUCGUCGACAGUGCCCUGGGAUCGGAUCCGUCAACAGCAGGCUGGUCGCUGAGUAGUGGAAAAGGUGGCAGCCGCAUUUUCCAAAGAGAGGAUGAAACAGAUCGAAAUUUGCCUGUUGUGGGGAUUGGAGUCAUCCUGUUGAAAAAUAUGGAUAUAUCGCUGGAGACGGUUGUCAACUAUCUUGCAGAGCCGGAGAACAAGCUGGAGUUCGACUCUCAGAUUCUGAAAGCUGUGAAGUUAGACGAUUUACCUUGUGGAGCGCGAAUCAUGUAUCAAGCCUUCAAGGGCCAGUGGGGAUUCGCCGGCAGAGACUUCACUCUCCUCUGCUACCAGAAAAAGAUUUCAGACAAGCGUGUGAUCCUUGGAAUCUGCUCCCUGGAUUAUCCCAACGCUCCCGCGGCCGCUGAUCUGUGGCCCUCCGGGGCUGGAACAUUCGUUAGAGCGACGUUCCUGAAGGGAGGUUACGACUUGCAGGUUCUUGCGAGUGGAGACGUUCAGAUUUCGUUCGUCUCGCAGGCCGACUUGAAGGCCUACGGUGUGCCCGCUUGGAUCAACAAGCGUGUUAAGGCUGAACAACUUAACAUCGUUGCAUCCAUCAAAGAGCAUAUUGAAAAGCGAUUUGGGUGAGGUGAAUGAUCCAUGAGAUAUGCCCUUUGUUUCAGCUUCAGGAUGCUACAUUAUUUGCUGUGCCCUGGUGUGGAGAGGACUGAUGUUACUUAAACAUGACACAACUCCCAACUUCACAGAGACAAAUCAAGUUCAUCG